AUGCACGCCUCCUCCUCUUCCUCGAACUGUUCUCGCGACUCUGCCUCUCUCUUCGUGUCGUCCACGCGAGCUGCUACCGCUCGUCGCAACUCCGCCGCUGCUUUUAGACCAACAUCAAAUAUAUAUCUUCGUCGCCAAAAACGGACAAGUCGAGGGUACGACAGAAAUGCGUCCACGACAACCACCAUUCGGUGUCAUCAAAAGACGAGUUACGAGACGGUCAACUUGGGAAAAACGCAGCACGGGAUUGCUUUCACGGAUCUGAACAACAUUUGCAACGAGAUGAUUGCAAAAAACGGGAUUAAGAACGGUCAGGUAGUAGUACACUCGCGUCACACCACGACGGCAGUUACGAUAAACGAGUACGAAGAAAGGUUAGUGGACGACGCGAGACAGUUUCUGUUGAAGUUGGUUCCUCCUUUAUAUCCUUAUUUACACAACGACUUGCACGUCAGGUUUCCACCCGAUGACGAUCGUUGGAAAGGCACGGUCGAGGAGUGGAGAGCGCAAGAACCGUUGAACGCACACAGUCAUUUAAUUGCAAUGUUGUUGGGUCAAUCCGUGACGGUUCCCAUCUGUGACGGGAAGAUGACGCUCGGGACUUGGCAAAGUAUUUUGUUCGUCGAGCUGGACGGCGAAAGAGAGCGCACGGUGGGCAUUCAAGUUUCCGGCGAAUGA